AUGUACCGCUGUUAUACGAAUGUUAGCAUAUGCAUAGCAGCUGAUGUUGUUGAUGAUUAUGUGCGCAUAGGCGAGAGCACUACAAUUGAAUGCUUGAAAAAGUUUGUUGAAUGUGUCAUUUCGGUGUUCGAGGAUGAAUACUUGCGGAAACCAAAUAUGAAUGAUGUUCGACGCUUGCUACAAAUGGCGGAGGGUCAUGAUUUUCCUAUCAUGUUGGAUCGUUCUCCAGUGUUCGAUGAUAUCCUACAUGACCGUGCUCCGGAGGUAAAUUAUACUAUUAAUUGUAAUAAUUAUACUAUGGGAUACUAUUUAGCAGAUGGUAUUUAUCCUGAAUGGGCCACAUUUGUCAAAUCAAUCUCAAAGCCACAAGGGGAGAAACGCAAGUUAUUUGCACAAUACCAAGAAGGGCAAAGAAAAGAUGUGGAGCGAGCAUUCGGAGUGUUGCAAGCACCCUUUGCAAUUAUACGUGGUUCAGCUCGCUUUUGGGAAAAGAAGAAGCUUGCCAACAUAAUGAGAGCUUGUAUUAUAUUGCGUAAUAUGAUUGUUGAGGAUGAAAGAGACACUUAUGUAGGAAAUUUUGCUCAAAGCUUAGAUAAUGAUGAUGUCGAAAAUGACUUAUCACAACCUCAACUCGGAGAGGAAGAUUUUGCACCAUACCAUCAAUUUCUCUAA